CCAGUGAACUCUGUGACACAAGGUUAAAUGAUAGAGCUAGCAGACACGUUAAGUAUUCUGUUGGGUAGGCUAUCUAACGUUAGCUAGCUAAUGCUAUUUUUGGAUGGCCUCCUCAAGGAUACCCCCUGUAACAUUAAGUCUCAAACAGUUUCUGCAGCGGCAGAAAGUGUUGGGACUGUACAGAACCAUGCUGAGGACCAUACGACAAGUGCCACACGAGCAAGAUCGCAAAUACCUGAGGGACUGGGCAAGAGAGGAGUUCAAGAGAAAUAAAGGAGCCACAGAUCAGGAUGCCAUUCGCAUGAUGGUCACACAGGCAAACAUGCACCUUCAGGAUCUACAGAAAUCUCUAGCGCUGGCCAGAAGCUAGCAACACUAACGGAGGGACUGAGAAUCAUCAUCUCUUUUUGGGACUGGGGCCGUGUUGAUGUCAAAAUAACAUUGAAGUUUUGGGACUCAUUGGAUUGGACUUUUCUUGCCCUGCAUCCUAGACAAACUAGCAUAACCCUUUAAGGGGUAAAACUUGUAGUUGAAUGCACUUUAAUUUACAAGCCUUUGUUGUUGCCUGUUCCUUAUGGUAGCAAGCCUAGUUGUGUGCAGGACAUGUUUUAGAAACUACGUAGGAAGUGAGAAAGGAGAUUACAGCAAGUGAAACUGGUUGUUUCAAAAUGCGUAUUUUAUUAAGACAUCAUGGGGUUAUCUGUUUGUGGUUUUACACAAUAAAUUAUACUUAAUUUACAA